GAUGGUGGUGUUAAUUCCAUUCGACAAAAAUCGGCUAUUUUCGUACAUGCGCGUUCAUCCCGCUGUGACCAUCGCACAACAGAAAGUGGAGGAGCAGGGACUACUUCCGGGAGCGAACAUCAGCCUCUACUUCGGCGACUCCAACUGCUCUUCAAGAGACGCUCCCAUUAUCGCCUUCAACUUCUUCAUCCAGAAAAGAGUCCACGUGUUUCUGGGACCGUGCUGCGACUACAGUUUAGCCCCCGUCGCUCGGUACGCUCCGGUUUGGAAUAUACCAGUUAUCUCCCCUGGAGGUCACGCGCACGACUUCGGACGUCCGAAGAAUACGGGUGACGAUGAGUUUGGUACUUUAACUAGAGUCGGCGCGACUUUUGACUCUUUGACGGGGAUGAUUCUGAGGACUGUGACGUACUGGAAAUGGGCCAAGAUGGUCGUGAUCUAUAGAGGUGUUGGUCACGCGACCGUGAUGCCUUCGUUCUGUUUCCUAGCCGGGUCGGCCAUGAUAGCGUUUAGUAAGAGAAGCAGGAUUAAACACUCAUACUACAAGUACGUGCCAGAGACCACGGAAAUAGGGUCAAUGUUGAUGGAGCAAGUGGGAAACAACUUUUCAGUUGUUGUUCUGUGCGCCUCCCCGGACACGGUCCGAGAGAUCAUGAUAAAAGCACACGAUCUGAAUUUCGACAACGGCGAGUACGUCUUCUUCAACAUCGACCUCUUCAGCAGUAAUAACGACAGCGUGAGACCUUGGUACCGACACAACGACACGGAAGAGAGAAAUGCGGCUGCCCGGAAAGCCUACGAAGCUGUUCUGACCGUCUCGUUACGGAAACCCACGAGUAACAAAUACAGAGAGUUCUCGGAGGAGGUGAAACGAAGAGCCGAGAGAAUGUACAAGAACUUUACAUACGGCGAGGAACAGGUGAACAGUUUUGUGGGGGCGUUUCACGACGCGGUCAUCCUGUACGCCCUCGCCCUGAACGAAACUUUGGAGGCGAACGAAUCCAUUACUGACGGAGCCGCCAUCACCAGACGAAUGUGGAACAGAACAUUUGAAGGCAUCACUGGUAAUGUUAGUAUUGACGCUAACGGAGACCGAAACGCAGACUACUCCCUUUUGGAUAUGGACCCAAAGACUGGAAACUUCCAGAUUGUCGCUAAUUAUUUUGGCAGCAAUAAGCGGUAUGAACCGGUUGAGGGGAAGGAAAUUCACUGGGCAGGGGGUCGAACCAGCGCCCCUCCAGACACUCCUGUUUGUGGAUACGACGGCUCCAAGUGUCCGCCUGACGAGCCGUUUCCUAUGUACGGAAUCGUUAUUAUCGUCCUUGGCUCCACGCUGGUUAUCGUUCUUAUAGCAGUGUUCUUCGUGUACAGACACUUGAGGUUGGAGGCGGAACUAGCGGAGAUGAACUGGAGGGUUAGGUGGGAGGAUGUGUUGUUUGGAUCGCCCGAGAAAAACAAACAGCUUCACAGACAGGGCAGCAAACUGAGCUUGAACAGGAAAUACUCGUAUACCAGCGACUGUUCCGGAGACACUAUAGCCGUUCACAUGACUGACGUGAAGAAUCGACAACUCUUUACAAAGACUGGAUAUUACAAGGGCGCUAUUAUAGCAGUGAAGAAAAUUCACAGAACAAAUAUAAGCAUAAACAAACCAUUGUUAUUGGAAAUAAAACGGAUUAAAGAUCUACAGAAUGAUCAUAUUGUUAGAUUCAUAGGUGCCUGUAUCGACAUUCCACACCAGUGUUUUUUUACAGAGUAUUGUCCUAAAGGCAGCUUACAGGAUGUUUUGGAAAAUGAUCAAAUAAAACUGGACUGGAUGUUUCGAUACUCAAUAAUGCAAGACAUUGUUAGGGGUAUGGCGUAUCUACAUGGCACAGACGUCAGGAGCCAUGGCAACCUGAAGAGUACGAACUGUGUGGUGGACAGCAGGUUUGUGGUGAAAAUCACAGACUUCGGGCUGCACUACUUCAGAGAGGGGUCAGAGGUCACGGAAGAAGACAACGCGUAUCAACACUAUAGUAGAAAACUAUGGACAGCUCCAGAAUUAUUGCGCAUGCUCAACAGACCACCAGAAGGGACACCAAAGGGAGAUGUUUAUAGUUUUGGCAUCAUAUGCCAGGAAAUCAUUUACCGAAAUGGAGUGUUUUACUUACAAGGAUUAGAACUCGAUCCACAAGAAAUCCUCGACAAGGUAAGGAAGGGUUGUCGCCCGUGGUUUCGCCCCACGCUGGAAGAGUUCGACUGCCCCUGUGAUAACCUGGCCGUCUUGGUUCAGAAAUGCUGGGCCGAGGAUCCGGUGGAGAGACCGGACUUCCAGUCGCUGAAGACGAUCAUUAGGAAAUUAAACAGAGACGGUGACAAGGGCAAUAUACUUGAUAACCUCUUGUCCCGCAUGGAGCAGUACGCGAACAAUCUGGAGGCGCUGGUGGAGGAACGAACCGCCGAUUACCUGCAGCAGAAGAAGAAAGCAGAAGACUUGCUAUAUAUGAUGUUACCCAAACAAGUGGCUGGUCAGCUGAUUCGCGGCGAGUCGGUGCGGGCGGAGGCCUAUGAACAAGUGACGAUAUACUUCAGUGAUAUAUGUGGCUUCACCGCCAUGUCAGCAGAAAGUACGCCCAUGCAGGUGAUUGACCUGCUGAAUGAUCUGUAUACAACAUUUGAUGCAAUCAUUGAACACUUUGAUGUCUACAAGGUUGAGACAAUAGGCGACGCCUACAUGGUAGUGUCCGGUUUGCCCAUGCGGAACGGGAACCUGCACGCGCGGGAGAUAGCCGGGAUGUCGCUCCGUCUGCUGGAUGCCGUACUCUCGUUCAGGAUACGUCACAGGCCGGAGCAACAGCUCAAACUGAGGAUAGGAAUACACACAGGCCCAGUCUGUGCAGGUGUGGUGGGGAUGAAGAUGCCGCGGUAUUGUCUCUUCGGUGACACCGUGAACACGUCCUCGAGAAUGGAGUCAAACGGAUUACCGUUAAAGAUUCAUGUGAGUCCGCAAUCUAAAGAAGUUCUGGACACCUUUGGAUACUUUAACCUGGAGCUGAGGGGUCCUGUUGAAAUGAAGGGAAAGGGCGCCAUCACAACCUACUGGUUGAAGGGAGAACACCCUCACAAGGACACGCAGCUGCUCAACAACUCCACGUCGUGACAACUCCUUGCUCAAACAUGACCGUCACCACAUGUGAUACCUUAUAGCUGACCGUGCAUUCUACUAACUGGUAGCGUGGACACCGCCGUCUUUGCAAGUCAUUUCCUUUUAUGACGUGCACAUAAUCCGAGUGUGUAUCUUCUUUAUGCAGAUUGCAACUUCUCCAUGGAUCGGACAAGACCUAGGAUCUGUCUUCGACUUCGCAAGUCUGAACCAAGAAACCUUCAAGAGUCUGUAUUUGCCUUGACACAGAUUGCAACUUCUUCGUAAAUCUGACAAGUCCUAUGAUUCUAUAUUCGACUUGGAAACUGUGAUGGACAAAACCUUCAAGAGUCUAUUUUUGCCUUGACGCAGAUUGCAACUUCGUCAUAAAUCUGACAAGACCUAUGAUAUAUCUUUGUCUAAGCAAGUCUGAAGGACAAAACCUUCCAGAGUAUUUUUGCCUUGACGCAGAUUGCAACUUCUUUGUAAAUCUGACAAGACCUAUGAUAUAUCUUCGUCUUAGCAAGUGUGAAGAAUGAAAUUUCCAAAAGACUAUCUACGCCUUGACACAGAUUGCAACGUCUUCAUGAACCUGACAAGACCUAUGAUCUAUUUUCGUUUUGGCAAGUGUAAAGACAAAACCUUCAAGAGUCUUCUCUUUUUUUUUUUGCACUGGCACAGAUUGCAACUUCUUAGUACAGCUGUAUCACACCUAUGCUCUAUCUUUGACUUGGCAAGCCUUAACAGCAAAACCUUCAAGUGUCAAUCGUUGCCUUGGCACAGAUUUUUUCAUAAAUCUGACAAGAUCUAUUGUAUAUAUUCACCUUGGUAAGUCUCAACGACAAAACCGUGACACAGAUUGCAACAUCUUAGUGAAUCUGACAAGACCUACGAUCAAUCUUCAACUUAGCCAGUCUGAACCAAGAAACCGUCAAGAGUCUAUUGUUGCCAUGGCACAGAUUGCAACUUCUUCAUAAAUCUGACAAGACCUAUGGUCUAUAUUCACUUUGGCAAAUGUGAAUGACAAAACCUUCAGUUGUUUAUCUUUGCCUUGACCCAGAUUGAAACUUCUUCAUGGACCUGAACCAGACUCAUGAUAUAUCUUCACUUUAACCAAAUUAAUCUGACAAAUCAUCCAAUUGUUUAUAUUUGCCUUUACACAGAUUACAACUUCAUAAAUGUGUACCAGACCUAUGAUCUAUCGACCCUCUGGAGAGUCUCAACGUCAAUAUCCUCUUUAAAAAUAGCAUCUCUACACAUAACACUGUGAAAAUAAUGUCGAUUGUGCUACCAUAAUAAAACAAAUCGUACCUUUCAAUAAAGCAGGGCAAACGAUAUUUUGACAAUUUGACCAACCAGUCUUGGUGGCGCGGUGGUUAAGCAAUCGGACAACAGGUUGGUAGGUACAGGGUUCGCAGCUCGAUACUGGCUCCAACCCAGAGCUAGUUUUUAAGGGCUCAGUUGGUAGGAGUAAGGCCACUAUACCCUCGUCUCUCUCACUAACAACUAACCAACUAACAACUAACCCACUGUCCUGGACAGACAGCCUAGAUAACUGAGGUGUGUGCCUAUGACAGCGUGCUUGAACCUUAAUUGGAUAUAAGCACGAAAAUAAGUUGAAAUGAAAUGAAAUGACAAUUUGAUCAACGAAGCCAUUACGUUAAUCAAUUGGCAUACCUUUGCAUAAAGAAGAGUCAAAGAGAAGACUUAACAAUCUGAAUUAUAAAACAUCCGUAACAAUCGUACCUUUGCAUAAAGUAGAGUGAAAUGGAUUUAACAUUCUGAACGACACAUCUGUGUUGAAAUAAAAAGUCGUAUCUCUGCAUAAAGCCGUCAAUAAUAGUUUUGAUGAUCCGGACGACAAGACUGUUGAUAUAACCAAAGGUCGCAUUUCUUUGCAUCAAGCAUAGUGAAACGGAUUUCACAAUGUGAACGACGCAUGCGUUACCCUAAUCAAAAGUGAUAUAUUUGCAUAAAGCAGAGAGAAGGCAUCACAAUCUGACCUGACUGACGAAACCGUUGAUGUGAUCAAAAAUCGUAUCUUUGCAUAAAACAGAGUCAAAGAUGUAUUAACAAAGUUGAUUCACUGCCGGAUGUUUCUUCUACAACUAGAUGAAGCAGGAGCACAUCUAACGUGUGGGUAGCGAGCAAAACCCUGAGUGUUGUAAUGGUUAAAUAUGAUGAAUGUAGUGUUUUGAGGUAGAUGUAACAUUAUGAUUCGCUGUUUCUGUGGAAGAAUAAUAUACAACUAUUAGUCCUCAUUGAAAUCUGAACAUCCUAAAAAUACACUGCAUACGCCAUUGCUGAUCUCGUAUUUUGACCAUUAUAUACACGACAAAACAGUUAUCGUGGUCAAAAUCGUAUCUCCGCACAAAUUGGAGUGGAAAGGGCACUGGCAAGGUUGUGCUUGAUUCCACGAAUCACUUGUUUUUCGAGUACAGAAACACUUCAUCAUUACUUCGUCUGUGGGAAGACUUCCCUGAAUCUGAUAUUUCAUUUCAACCUUGGCACAGAUGGAUGUAAACACUGAUAUCCGACAUGAUAGAUGCGUUUUGCAAGCAUAUCCCUGCAAAUCAAGGAUGCUAUUUUGUUCCUAUAGGCGAAAGGGAGUUGAAACCAUUGGGGAAGAAAAGGAUUAUUAUUAUUUAACGAUGCCUCGAAACGUUUUAAACUACUGUUUUUGGUCUAUAGCAUAUUGUUAUUUUGACACUUAUUGUACAUAAUAAGAUAAAUGAAAGGUAUGUAUCAUGGUUAUUUGUACAUUUGGUCGAAAGAGAAAGAGGAAAGAAAGGGAAUAUUAUCGUGUUUAAUGACGCCUCAACAAAUUUUAAACUACGGCUAGUUUGUAUUUAACAUGUGGAUAUUUCAACACUUGAUCGAGAAAAAGUUGAAAGGAAAGAACUGUUUGUUAACGACACCAGUCCUCAGUAAACUUUUAGCUACGGUGUCUAACAUAUGGUUAUUUCAACACGUGGUCCAGAAAAAGAAGAAAGGAAAGGAAUGUUUGUUUAACAACACCAAUCCUCCGUACACUUUAAUCUACGGCCAUUUUUGGUGUCUAACAUAUGGAUAUUUCAACACUUGUCCAGAAAAGGAGAAAGGAAAGGAAUGUUUGUAAACGACAUCAGUCUUCAGUACAGUUAAAUCUACGGCUGUUUGGCGUCUAUCAUGGAUAUGUCGACAUGUGAAUGAGUGGAAACGACUGUCGCAAUAUAGGCUAUUCCUGGAUAAAACAAGAAGGGGUUUUGUUAUUGCCGAAAAAUACGGACAGUAGAACAAAUGUUUUAACAAUAUUAACAGAAUUCAGACUAUUCUGUAGUGAAGUAUCUGUGUAAUGAACUCUUUCUAUGGCUGGACCUAGCGGAACAGGAACGGGGUGGGGGUGUAACCCAUGUAUUUUAAAAAAAAAAUUGCCCUUUUUUAUCUGAAAAUGCCUUUCUGUUUACGUAGAGAAAACUGUCCAUUAUAGUGCUCCGGUUCGUUUUCUACUUCUACCUAACAAUUUUUGGGCUUAUUACCUCUCCUUUCAUAAACUUUAAAAUGGGUUUCGUUUCUAAAGUAAUAUUAUUAAAAUUAAAAAGUAAUAUCCGUUUCACUGGCGGAUCCAGAGGGUUCAAGAGGGGCACAAUAGUGCUGUAACCUCCAAGGUCCGUUUGAACGGUCCUUUUUAAUCACUGUUUUUUUUAAUUGUUUCUUACAAUAUACAACACUAAACUGUCCAGAAAAUCCAUCUUUGUUUCACAAUUUUCCGGUCAGGCUAUUCCAUGCCUCCCUUUGAAUACCACACCCCCCCCCCCCCCCCCCCCCCCCCCCCCCCCCCCCCCCCCCACCCCCCCGAUCUUGUUCCCUUUGAGAGCUCGAUCGUCUCGUUUGCCCUCGACAAACUCAAACAGCCCUUUUUAGAAUUUUGUAACCCCCUUUACAAAAUCGUGGAUCCGCCCCUGCAUUUUUCAGUCUUAUUAUAAAUUCUGUUGUUGGGAGAAGUUACCGUCCUCGGUACAGUCUCCCACCCAUAGCGAGAUUUAACAACUCGAUGGGUAGGUGUAAGACCACUACACCCUCUUCUCUCUCUCACUAACCACUAACCACUAACUCCCUGUCCUGGACAGACAGCCCAGAUAGCUGAGGUGCGUGCUCAGGACAGCGUGCUUGAACCUUAAUUGGAUAUAAGCACGAAAAUAAGUUGAAAUGAAAAAUGGGAGGAGUUACCAGAUCUUGUUAACCAUGUUGUUACUGAUUAACAGAACCUUGCUUGGUUCAAAACUUGUGGUUGAAAUACAUAUUUACAAAAAAGAACAUAACAACCAGGGCCCCGUUCCACGAAAGAAUUGUAGCUAAGGUUACUUACGGUGACUUACGGUGAAUUUUACAACUGGCACCGUAAACUUUA